AAAAAAAACCAAAAAAAAGAAAUCUGAGUCCCCCCGUCCUUUUUUGGCAUCGCGCGGACUUCAAGCAACAGACGAUCAGCCAAUUCAAGCCGAGCGAAAAAAAAUAAAGAGGACUUUUUGUUUGAAGCAAAAGGAAAAAAAAUUCUGAACCUUUUUUCUCCCUCUUGCAACUAUUCCCAAUUCAAACUGAUCCAUUGAACUGUUGAAGGCUUAAUCUAUUGAGUUUCCCCAACUUGUUCACCUUUUGACAUCCGUUUUCGUUCCACCACUUUGAAUUCCGUGGAGCAUUUCCCCCUAUAUUUUGGAAAUCUCUCCCUCCCUCAAAAACUGUGUUUUUUGUUUGUUGUGCCGGUGUUUGGUUCUCGAGCCCAUUAAUCUCCUUUUUACCGUACUGCUUUGGGGACGUAUUUCUUUGACGAACCUACAAACGAAGCAGAGUGAUUGAAGUGAUUUACACACAUAUCUACCUUCUUCUACAAUGCUUUCAUCACCGAUUCAUCUCGACGCGAACUCACAACACCUCUUGUUCGGAACCCAGGCUGCCUCUACCGCUGCACCUUCACUGAGAAAAAUGUCCCAUGGUGCAGGCCCAAACUCAAGACCUCCAUUAUCAACUACAAGUUCCAACUCCUUCAUCCUCGAUGACGAGGACAGACACCACCAGCAUCACACACAGACCAGUUCACGCGACGGGCUGGAGGCCCGCCCAAUGAACAAAUUUGACAUUCCAUACGUUCCGGACCAGAUUUUCAUUGGUGGCCGUAAGUCGCAGUUGGCUGUGGCACAGUCCAACAUCGUCAAGGGACUUGUCAAGGAGAACUUCCCAAGUAUUACUUGCCCAAUCUUGGCCCUCACGACGUUGGGUGAUCAAGUUCAAAAUAAACCGCUCUAUUCGUUUGGAGGAAAGUCGCUCUGGACUAAGGAGCUUGAGAUUCUGCUGCUGGAAGGAAUUGGCGAUUUCCACAAGUUGGACUUGAUUGUGCACUCUUUGAAGGACAUGCCAACGAACCUGCCUGAUGAAUUUGAGCUUGGAUGCGUUGUCAAAAGAGAGGACCCAAGUGACGCUGUUUGUAUGUCAAAGGGUUCCCAAUACACAAAAUUGGAUGAGCUGCCAAAGGGUUCUGUCGUUGGUACUUCAUCUGUUAGAAGAUCUGCACAACUGAAAAGACACUACCCACACUUGGUGUUUGAGAGUGUCCGUGGUAACUUACAGACAAGACUCAGAAAGUUGGAUGAUCCAGAAACGCCUUUCAAAUGUAUUAUCCUUGCAACCGCCGGCUUGGUUAGAAUGGGGCUGGAGCAUAGAAUAACACAACGUUUGGACUCAAACAUCAUGUACCACGCUGUGGGUCAAGGUGCUCUUGGUAUCGAAAUCAGAAAAGGUGACGCCCUUAUGAAGUCGAUUCUCGAAACCAUUGAAGAUAAGAAUGCCACUGUGUGUUGUCUUGCUGAGAGAGCAGUGAUGAGAACUUUGGAAGGUGGAUGUUCUGUUCCAAUCGGAGUUUCUUCAUUCUUCAACGAAGAGACCAAGUUGCUUCGUUUGAAGGCAGUUGUCAUAUCAGUGGAUGGUACUCAAUAUGUUGAGAAUGAAAUUACCAGACCAAUUGAGGAUUACAGAGCUGAUUCCGAGGCUGUUGGUGUUGAGCUCGCUAAUAUGUUGAAAGCACAAGGUGCUAAGGCAAUCCUUGACGAGAUUGACUUUCAAAAGAUUAACGAGAAGGAUGAAUGAAUAACGAAAUUACAGUACAUUAGAUGAAUCUCAACGACUCAACUUUGAAACGCAUUUGCAACGAACUUUUUUUGGACUAAAGUUUAUCAGACAUAUACACACACUUUGUUCAACACGCCACAUCAAGAGGUGAGAACAAAGGUGUCUUACUCUGUUUUCUAUUCGAUCUUGCCUCCACUACUUUGCAUGGUUUGUUACAAGUGCCUGUCUCUCCUUUUGAUGACUCCGUUUCCUUUUUGUUCAAACUUGUACAUAAUGGGAGAGAGGAAAUGGGCAUCACAACAUCGGGACGGCAACCUACGAUAUACCACGAAACCAUAUCAAACAGUGGGCUUUCUUUGUAUACUAGUUUAAUAAGGAAAAAAAGGAUAUUCUCUACUUCAAUCAAGG